AGCAUAUUUAUAGUCGGGCACUAAACCUGAAAUAUCACAAACAGGCUUGGGCGUAUCGAAAGGAGCAACUACAAGUACUCAAAAGGAAAAUCCACUGUUUUGCAAUGUCGAAAGUUUGGAGGCCGUGGGAUGAGCCAGGAACUUCUCAAACUACUUCGAAGAAAACAGAAAGGCUCAAGAAAACACCGGGAACGUCCGAGAUGUCAGUUAUUAAAGAAGCAUGGAUCARUGAAAGAACCAGAGGUUGGGAAGCAGUAGCAUUAUGCGCCAAAGAGUUGAUUUUAAGCUCCCACCAAGUGCCACCAGAGGUUAAGACCUACUACAAGAAGUCUAAGUUAACCGCCAUUGCGUCCAGGUGGCAGAGGUGCGUUAAAAGUAAUGUCCAUGUUGUGAAUGCGGAAAAGCAAAGUAAUACACUUGAAAGAGCAAGUGACGAACAAAAGAGCAAGAACGAAAGUUCUAUCCAGAAGAAAGACAAGGAGCCCCACAAGCUUUCGCAGAAACCGCAGACAUCGUUUUUAGGUGAUAGCUCAUGUGACGAGRGAAAUGCCGAUAUGCGAUAUGCUGACAUUCAAUAACCAGAAGAAAGAAGAGAUAGAGAAAGACGAAACGAGCGAAAAAGGAAAAAAAAAGAGUGACGAAAAAAGUGAUAGCGAUAGAAGUGACAGCGACGAGCCACGUACCAAGAAAGCCAAAGACAAGUCCACGUUGCAGAGAGAGGCUCUUGAAAAGCAUUCUUUGAUGUGUAAUGCGGCUUUAAGUACAAUGYAGAAAAUGCAAGGGCUUUUCGAUAAAAUUGAAAAUAAAAUUUGAAAAUUUACAGUUGUAAAAGGAGUGAGAGCGAGAGACAAAAAAGUCGUGUCUAGCUAUCGUUAGCGUUCCUAGGAAUUUUCUGAAUAGUGUUAAGACUGGUGUGUGUUUUAAUGUAAAUGAAAAUAUGUCGCUUUCUAAGAGUUGUGCAUUUCAUA